AUGGAGUUAAUUAACCCUGUCUCUUUAAAGAACGUAAUUGUUUUAUUUGAAAUCGGAGUAGCAGUAACGGAUGCAAGUGCAGAGAAAAUGAAUACAGAAUGCGAGCAAAACACGCCCAAAAAGUGGAGAAGAACCUCCGGUUGGAAAAAUGAUACCGAUAUGGUUAAGCCCAAAAAUGAGCAAAGAGAAGAAACAUCAGACAAGGAGAACAGAGGAGUGGCUACAAACAAGCAGAGACAGCGUAAGAAGGAGACUCUUAAGAAUGUUUCAAACCUCCUCCCUCCUCCACCGUCCUCGUCUUCAAACUCAAAGAAAUCAGGCCACAUCCGGAACCACAAAAGGGCUGGUAUUGGUAGAUCGCCCCAACCCCAUCUUGAGGAACAGAGUCAUGAGAAAAUCCUGGGUUCAAGUCCUACUUGCCCCAUAAAAAGUAAUUCUUCUUUGAAGAAGGAGUUGCAACCUGUGAGGUUAAGGCUUCAGAAAUUGAAUAUAGAUAAGGAGAGAACCGACAAGUUGUUGGAUGAGCGUGAUGCCCUUCUGAAGCAGAAGGAGGCUGAGCUCGAGAUCAAGGCAAAAGCUCAGGAAAGGCUUCAGUUGCAGCUUAUACAGUUCCAGAAAUUGAAGGAAUUCAAGAGUGCAUUGAAUUACCCUUUGGAGCAGUCUCUCCGCAUGGUGGAGCUUGCUAAGGAGAAGGAGAAGGAAGAGAAGAUAAAUGAUCCAAAUAGACUGAAGGAGCCUUCUCUGCCAUAUAUUUUGUGGUGCCAAGACCAGUGGAAUCAGAUGAAAUCUGAGAAUCAAAAUAUCCCAUUUAAGGACAUGGGAACAAUUAUGGGAGAGAACUGGAAGGUUUUGAAUGCAGAAGAGAAGAAACGAUACAAUGAUAAAUAUGAGGCUGAAAAGGAAGCAUACCUGCAGGCUGCGGUUCAACAAAAGCAGCAGCAAAACGAGGGAGGCACUGACCCUAACAGGCCAAAGAAGCCCCCAACAUCAUUCCUACUUUCCAGUAACAAAACAAGGGAAAUGCUAGCAAAGGAAAGGCCCGAAGUUAGCAACACAGCCAACAAUGCACUCAUUUCUGCAAAAUGGAAGGAAUUGGAAGAGGCAUGUAAGAAAAAUGGGAUGAUCAGGGAGCAAAAGACGGAGGAGCAAACACAACAUCAAUUCCAAUUCAUUGAAGAAGAGAUGGAAGUGGGCAUGUCUACUGCAAACACAACAUGUUCGUGAUUUGCUUGUUUCCAGAAACAAGGCUAUACAGCUAAAAGUAUGUUCAAUCUUUUACAGUGAACAUAUUAUAUUGGUAAUGAGUUUGAGAUUCAGUCUUUGGAUCAAUUUUUGGUGCUAUGAUCAGAAUUUCCAGGUUUUUAAUAACGUGCUGUUACAACCUAAUUUUCUAAAAUUGGCCUUUGGAUCAAGUUUUACUGAUGCUUCAGGGAAUGAAGCUGGGAUCCCUGGGAUAAGUUAGAUAUUUCACAAACAAAAAUCGCGGUCCCAAGAGGCACGUUAUGUAUAUAAUUUACAAACAAAAAAUAACAGCAGCACGACUCAAGGGACAUGUUAUAUAGAGUUCUAUGAAGUUUUGCAUCAAUUACAAGAUCGGAAGCAAAUUUAAUUCUGGUUUUGGUUUCAAAUAAGAGUUCCAUGUACGGUUUAAUAUAUGGACUUAAAAGUUUUCAAUAUUUAGAAA